GAUCUCUCUUUCCAGUUCCUUACUGUGCGUGUGUUGUGUGUGAGUGCCGGUUGCGCGUCGAAUGACGUGAAGUUCGCCGGGUUCGAAAGACGCGGGCCCGGAGCGCGUUCGAUCAAGUUGGUGUGCCGGUUCUCGGAAGCGAGAGUCUCCGGAAUAUCGCGCGGUGCAUCUCAGCUGUGCGUGCGGCGUCCUUUGUGCUGCGCUGUUGGAGCGAAGAGGAGGGAGGAGGAGAAGUAAGGAGCUGUUGUUGCCUCGAUUAACGGAUACCAGAGGACCGCCGGACGACGCUAACCUUGCACGCUCGAUCGUUUACGAUUAAUGGAAUAACAACGUUUGCGGUUUCCACAAGCCUAAAGGAAUCGAUUGUCCCAGCGUUGUCAUCGUGAAUACUUGGGCCAUGUUUAGACGGAGCUGGAAACAGGAUGCCGACUGCCGCUGAGAGACGACACGAAUCCGCCGUCCACGUAAUUCAGGAGAAAUUAUCCCAGUUCAACACGUAGCAUCUAUCCUCGGUGUGUCACACGGUGGGAUCGUGAACGCUUCAGUACCGCCAGCGAGCACCUAAAACGAACGAUUCCUUGAGAUGGGUCGGAUGCGAACAGGCUGGCUGCUCUGCGCGGCGCUGACGAUCGUCCUCUGCCAAGGCCAGGAGGACUGGAUGCAGUGUCUGUCGACGUGCAAGUGCAAGUGGGUGUCCGGCAAAAAGACCGCCGAGUGCACGAGGCAGGGUCUGACGGAGGUGCCGCAGAAUCUCUCCCGCGAGAUCCAGAUCCUCGAUCUCAGCGGCAACCGUUUCGCCCACCUGCCGAACAACGCGUUCAACGAGGUCCACCUGGUGAACCUGCACAAGCUGACGCUGCGCGAGUGCGGCAUCGAGUCGAUCGACACGCAGGCCUUCCGUAACCUGAGGAUCAUCAUCGAAAUCGACCUGUCGGACAACAACAUCCGUAGUCUGCAGCCGGGUAUCUUCUACGAAACGCACAAGCUGCGGGUGCUGCUGCUGAAUCAGAACCGACUGCGGGUGCUCGAGAACGACCUCUUCGUCAACCUCACGUUCCUGCAGAAGGUGUCGCUGUCGAACAACAAGCUGGAACGCAUCGAGGAGAGGACGUUCCUCAAUCUGCCGAAUCUGCACUCCCUCGCGCUGGACGGCAACAACUUCAGCACCCUACAGCUGCAGAGGUUCGACGGCCUGCCGAAACUCGGCAGCCUCGGCCUGCAGAACAACCCGUGGAACUGCAACUGCCACUUGCGGAAGCUGCGCGACUGGACGAUCGAGAACAAGUUCUACACGAACCCGACCACCUGCCUGCAGCCGCCGAACAUGAACGGCAAGACCUGGGACGAGGUCAGUAGCGACGAGUUCGCCUGCCGACCGAAGAUCGCCGUCAUCGGCCCGGCGACCAAGAUCGAAAUGGGCAAAGGGGACGUCACCCUCUCCUGCAAAGCUACGGGGAUCCCGCGUCCUAAGCUCUCGUGGUCGCAUCGCGGCCGGGCGUUGAGCAACAACGCGAAGCGGCCGAGCAACGAGCGGGGCUACAUACUGACGUCGAGCGGCGAGUGGCUGAAUCUCACGCUGACCGACGUGAUGGCCUCCGACAAGGGCGACUACGUCUGCCAGGCGAGGAAUCCAGGCGGCGACGCCGAGAGGAACGUGACUCUGUCGGUGGUGGGCGACGCCUUGAGCAAGGAGAACGCAAUCAACCUGCCGUUGGCGAUCGGCCUCGGCGUGAUCGCCCUGUGCCUGCUGAUCAUCACGGUGACGCUUUGCAUGUACUAUUGCCGCCGGCGGCGCACCCGGCACGACGAGAAGGGCCACGAGGCGGCCUCGAUGGAGCACCAGGGCCUCGGCGAACAGGAGAAGUCCCUCAUCACCACCAUCAACCCCGUGGUGAAGCCGCCCAGACGCUACGAGGCUUCCUCGGUGACGUCCCACGGCACGGAGAUGACGGAGCUGAAUCGCACGUUGCUCGACAACGACUCGGUCUUCGCUGACGGCGUCGGGAGCGGCGGCGUCGUCGUCGGCAGCGAGCACAUGGGUGACGACGAGAGGGAGCACGAACGGGCGACGCCGGAAUUCGAUGGGAGCGGCAUCGGAGGUGGCGGUACGCUCCCACGUGGUGGCUAUCAUUACCGGCAGUAUCCGCCGGACCUGUUGGCCUUCUCCGGGGGCCGGGGUGCCUCGCCGACCAGCCAGGCGUCGACGGUGCCCGACAACACGCGUAUGCCUAAUCAGCACGCGGCGAUGACGCCGGUCGCAACAACCACUCCGGCGGCGCCAGCGUACGGCUCGCUACCGGUAUCGGCCGGCGGCGGCCAAUAUCCGGCGGCCUUCAAGACGUUGCCGCACAGUCGCAGCGUCACGCCGUACGGGCCGUCCUCCUCCUCCUCACCGAUGACGGCGCCGGUGCUACCGCGUCACGGCUACGUGACGAUCCCACGGCGGCCACGGGCACCCAGCUGGAGCAGUGGACCCCCAACGUCCCCCAUCGACCGCCUCGAGCCGGUCUACGACAACCUGGGCCGACGCACCACGGCGGACGGCAGCUCGGAGCUGUCGCUCAACAAGAGCUCGAUCGAGCCGACGUCCUCCUCGUCCUCGGGCAUGAGAGGACCCCGACCGCUGCCGGGAAUGCCGGGCUCCCAUUACGGCACGAUCCAGCGCAGCACGCCCAACAUUCUGAGCAGCAGCUCGCUGGACCGAUCGGCGCCGGAAGGCGCGGCCGAGUGGCCGAUCAACCUGACGGACGAGAGCGUGGAGGGCGGGCAUCAUGCGUUGCAGCUGCUGGCCGGCGGCAACAACACCCUCGGCAGGAAAGUGCCGCCCAGGCCGCCGCCCAAGCCGAAGAAGAAGUCGGCGAACGGGCCGCUGUACGAGGACGAGGGCGAGGACGGCACGGAGGUAUGAUCCCACGGCCGGCCGCAGCGAUGAGGACGGCUGCUCGUAGUCCGCCACGACGGAGUGCGCGCGACCACAUUCACAAUAAACCGGUAGUGCCUUCUUCCGACGACGACGGUCCCGCGACGGCGGCUCCGAACUUUCGCGCGCCCACCGAAGAGCGGCCGGGGAACUCGGGAAGAACGCGGGAAGAUAUGCUUCCGAUCCCCAACGACGAGAGAUUCACGGAGUGAGACGACGACGUUGUCGCUCCGAUGAGACACUGAGAGGCUUGCGGACGAAAGGUUACCCCGACUCCGGGAGAGUACUACGCUUGCCGGU